GUGCAAAAUUCGAUAGAUUAUCUUCCUGGACCUCUUCGAUUUGUGCUAGGCUUGUUUUCAGACCGUAACAGGGAGUUACAAGAGCUCUACAACGUUAGGGAAGGCUAUUUACGAAUGUUUUACGAAUAUGCAAAAAAGUUGCACGAAGAUAUCAAAAGCGGAGAGCUCCUAACAAGGCAUGAUGACUACGAGAAGACAAUCAACAAGAUAGAGGACAUGAAGAAGUCGUUGAUGUACAACUAUUUUGAGGAUACAAACACAAGGCUCACCACUGGUGAAAUCACAUCCGAGUGCCUAACGAUGGUGAGUGCAGGCUUGGACAAUACCCCGUUGAACUUCAAGUACGGUAUACACCAGUUGGUAAACUACCACCCGGAGAUGUGGCACACGGCUUACAGUGAACUUGUAGAGGCAUAUGACGGUGAUGUCAAGCGGGCCUACAACGAAUGCGGCUCGGACAUGAGGUGUGAGUACAUCAAGGCCAUUGUGCAAGAGACGCUCCGCUUAUUCACUGCAUUGCCUAUGGCGUUGCCAAGGGAGACAACGAGUAACGUCAUCUACCAGAACGUCGUCAUCCCAAAGGGAACGACACUCUUCAUGAACUGCUGGGCAGGCAACCACGACGAGCGGAAGUUCCCGGACCCUAUGACGUUCAGGCCGGAGAGGUGGUUGACGACCGUCGUCACUGAGAGCUUUCAGGAGAAAACAGUGGUUGACACAACGAUGAGGCAUUUUGCGUUCGGCAUCGGCUGCCGUAUGUGUUUGGGGAACAACUUUGCCAUCCGGGAGCUCUACGUUCUCUUUUGCAAGCUGAUUCUCAAAUUCGAGCCCGUGCCUGCUACGGGCCUCGUCCCGACGGACAACCCGUUGGCACUCAACUCGUAUCCUGAGUCCCUAGCCAUCGAGCCCGUUCCCUUCAACAUUGUCCUUCGGCUCAGGGAGCACGCCGGAAACGGUACCCCGGCAUGACCGGACCACGGACUUUGCAGCAUCUUUCAACCGUAUAUCGCAUGUAGACAGCUCUAGCUGUGUAAUACACACAAUCGCCGGCCCGUUGACUGGCUGGAAAACAAUGCCGCCCUUUUACUGGCAAAGUUCGUCUGCUGGUCUCCUGAUGGCCAAGCCAGACAGAGAGAGAUAAAUAAUUUGCUCGUUUUGGGGGGUCAGGUCCCGGAGCAGACAGUGGC